AUGGCAUUCCCAAGGUUCCAUGUCUUGCCAACACGAGACGCCAUUCCACCACCUAGGCACAGCUUGUUGGUGGAGUGGCUUAGCGUGAAACACGCCUGCCUCGCUGUCUCUCUCCCCCAUCCCUUGAUUUUCUGCCAUUGCAUUUUCCAGUCUGCGCUGAUGGCCCUCCGAGCCGUAGGUGCGCCGUCAAACGCGCUACUGGGCGAUUUCGGCAUUGCCCCUGCGCAUUCGCGACAUUCGCGACAUUCGCACCUCGAGAAUGCCGCGUCGUUUAUCUGUGGCCUUCCGACGCUGAGCGCCGGACACCCAAUCAAAGGCCAGGCAAUGAGAUCACGACAUAGCUCGCGGAGAGGCGGAAUGUUGCCGGUCCGCGCGCUCGACGCAGCUCAGCCGUUCGAUUACGAGCAUCAACAGAAGCGGCGUCUGGAGGAGAAGGGCAGGUUGAAGAUCGGCAUUUUGGGGUUCGGGAAUUUCGGACAGUUUUUGGCGCGGCGCUUCGCGCGCCAUGGGCACCACCUGACAGCGUGGUCGCGGUCCGACUACUCGCAGGUUGCCAAGCAGAUGGGCGUGCGUUUCUUCACUGACAUGGACGAUUUCUGUGAGGACCAUCCAGACGUGGUGCUGCUCUGCACGUCCAUCAUCUCCAGCGACGCACUGCUGCGCUCACUGCCACUGCAGCGCCUCAAGCGCAACACGCUCUUCGUGGACGUGCUGUCCGUCAAGGUCUUCCCCAAGAUGCUGCUGCUGCAGGUGCUCCCCCCCGAGUUUGACAUCCUCUGCACGCACCCCAUGUUCGGCCCUGAGAGCGGCAAGGGCUCGUGGGAGGGGCUGUCGUUUGUGUUUGACCGCGUGCGCAUCACCCCGGGGGGGAGGGCAGAGAAGGCCGACCGCUUCCUUCAGAUCUUCCACAACGAGGGGUGUCGCAUGGUGGAGAUGACAUGUGAGGAGCAUGAUAAGUAUGCUGCCGGCACUCAGUUCGUCACCCACACUGUCGGCAGAGUGUUGGGCAAGCUAGGCCUGGAGAGCACACCCAUCAACACCAAGGGAUACGAGACGCUUCUCAACCUGGUGGAGAACACGGCGGGGGACAGCUUCGACCUCUAUUACGGGCUCUUCAUGUACAACACGAACGCCACUGAGGAGGUAGAGGAGGUAUGGUUCCAAUGGGGAGACAGCUUCGACCUCUACUACGGGCUUUUCAUGUACAACACGAACGCCACUGAGGAGGUAAGGUUCUGCUAG